ACAACGCGAUAGUUAAAACUUUCUCACAAAGUUUGACUGACGGAAUGUUGCUCCGAUGAUAAACCUACGAGGACGUCGCAAGUUAUGCGCGUUUCUCUUCGAAGAGCGGCGAAGUUUACCGCUAUUGUAAUAGUUGUGAUAUUUACCAACUUUUUGAUAUCAUAUGAAGUAUCACAGAAACUUGAGGAUCGGCGGAGCGAAAGGGGGGACACCGAGGAGAGGGUCAACAAUGGCCGCUCAGAGGUGCAUGUUGACACUGCUUUGGGAGAACCUGUUGAUAUCAGACAAAAGGACAAAAAAAACAAUUUAGGACGGAACAGAGACUCAGAAUUACGGAGAAUGAUGUCAGCGAAGGAAAAGCAUAAUUUGACCACUGUUGAAUCUUCAAACAAUGUGCAGACUACUUCUAGGAUUAAUGGGCUGGACCAAAAAAAAAGUGUCAGCAGUGGUGAUAAAAAUAGGAAAACGGAAUUGUCAGAUAUAUUUAUUAGUGUGAAAACUACUCAAAAAAAUCAUAAGAGUAGACUGCGUAUUCUUUUAGACACUUGGAUUCUUCUUGCACGGGAUCAGACUCAUAUAUUUACAGAUGCGGAUGAUCCAGAAAUUAGUCAUGAUAAAGGUGUACACAUCGUCAACACAAAUUGUUUACCAACACAUUCACGGCAAGCACUGUGUUGUAAAAUGGCCAUAGAAUAUGAUUCAUUUCUUGAGAGUAAGAAAAGAUGGUUUUGUCAUGUUGAUGAUGAUACAUAUGUAAAUAUACCACAACUAGUAAAAUUAGUAAAGAAAUAUAAUCAUACCCAAGAUUGGUAUCUCGGUAAACCUAGUUUAGCUAGACCUAUAGAGAUUAUGGAUAGAAAACACAAAGGGCAAAAGAUAGCUUUCUGGUUUGCAACGGGUGGUGCUGGAUUUUGUAUCAGUAGAAGUUUAGCAUUAAAAAUGAUGCCACAUGCAAGUGGUGGUAGAUUUAUGACUGUAGGUGAAACUAUUCGUCUACCAGAUGAUUGUACAAUAGGAUAUAUAAUUAGUCAUUUAUUGAAGAAGGAGCUAACCAUUGUUACAGAAUUUCAUUCACACUUGGAAUCACUAAAAAUUGUUAAAAAUAAGGAUAUGAGAAAUCAGAUAACUUAUAGUUAUAAUAAAGCUAAUGUUGUACAUGUUUCUGGAUUUUCUGACGAGAAUGAUCCAUCCAGGAUUCGAUCUCUUCAUUGUUUCCUUUUCCCAACUUUUCAUGAAUGCAAAGAUGUUGAUUCCAAUUCCUGACAUCAUGACAAACAGCCAUGGCUGACUGAAUGAAUUGAUGAUCUCUUCCAUUAAAUUCCUGCUUUGUAUACGCUUGAUGACCAUCUCCAAUACAUCUAGAUACUUCCUGUAUUUGAGUUGUACUUGGAUGCCUAGAUGUUAAUUCAAUUUCUUUACAUACAGAGCCAAUCAAUUGAUGCAGUACCUAGCGAUAAUGCUGAACUAAGGGUAGUACUGAUUGGUUACAGGCUGUUAUUAUACCAAGCUGUCGUAUGAAUGAUAUAUGUGCUGAAAUACAUUAUUAAUUUUAAAAACUCUUAAAACAAAUAUUGAUAUAGAAAGAUAAAGUUUACUGCUACCUGAUAGCCCAAUGGGAUUAUUUCGUCACUUUUGUCCAUGGUUCUUCCAUCGGUCGUAAGCAGUUUUGAUUUUCAUCUUCUUCUUCUGAACCACUGUUUGAUUUCAACCAAAUUCAUAUAUAGAUAGUUUUCGUGUCCAAGUCUGUUGUAACAUAUAAUUGAAUCGUGGUUAGCUUACAGUGUAAAAUUAUGCUGUGUACAGUUACUAUGUAAUUUCUGUUAUUUAGUUAGAAAUGGAAUUGUUUUUUGCAUAGAGUUCAUUUUAUAGUAUUAACAUUUAAUUUAAAGAUACGUUCCCAGAAAAGUAUUUAUCGGGUGGUUAUUUCCAAUAAAAGUAUGGCAAUUUUGGUAUACAUGGAAAGUAGAAAUAUCCAAUUUUACUAGAAAAAUACUGGAUUCCCUGAAAAACACUCAUGGAGCGCAUACAGGACAAAAACGUAAGGGUUUCCCAAAUCGGCAGCCUGACGAUUAUGAAUGUCUGCUCGCGUGACGUCAAAGGUUGCACUCGGAGAUUAAGCGCUUGAUGUACAUGUUGAUAAACAUUAUGAAAAGUUAGACGUAAAAAACAUGGAAAAAGACAUGGGCAGUGGAUAAUCCGAGAAUUUAAUUAGGCUUUGAUAUUUAUGAUAAAUGGAUAGUGAUUACGGACAACAUUAUCUUGUGAAUGCAAUGAAUUCUCCUCUGACUUUUAAUAGAUUUGUUAUAGCAGAGGUAUUCCCUCGCAUAAACAGUGUUUUGCGAAGGAUUAAAAGCAAAAUAUUGAUAGAUUAAUUAGUUUGAAUAUGUUUUUAGUCCAAAUACAUCAUCAAAUCACCCAGUUUGUACACAGGAACGUAUCUUUAAGAAAAUACAAACCUAUAUAUUUUGUAAAUCACUAGUCAGUUAUCUUAAUUUAUUAACUUUUAUCUGUCGUCACUGUGACGUUAUUGUUAAGUACCUGUCUGCUCUACAAAUGCUGUCAUUUUGGUUUUCUGAAUGCAGCAUUCCUAGCGUAAUGAGAGUUACUUUCCUUAUAAGUAGAUGACUUUCUUUUGUUCACUUUCUGUUUUUCAUUUGACAGUUAAAAAUGGUACUGUUUCUUCUUGAAAAAUUAUGGUAAAAUGAUGGUAUGUCUAUACGAAAAUGUUCUGCUAAUGACAUAUUACCGUCCAUAUUGAAUAACAGGGAUUCAGAUUUUAUCAGUGGUGUUUAUUUUGAUAGUUUUGUGUUAGAAGAACAUGACAGAAGUAGGUUUAAACAUACAUUAUGCAAGAGCUAAAUCUGUGUAUUGCAAGUCUUUAUUUAGGCUUCAGAUGUUAUAGAAAUUAUUAAUUAGACCUUUAUUUACACGACAAGCUCAAAAUCAACUCUGUAGACCCAUGGAUGUCUUGGAUACAGUUUGGAUUUAAACAGUCGUUCAUUUAAAAUUAAAUCAAUAAAUGGCGAAGCAAGCUAACAUUUACUGUUAGUCGCUGAUGUCACUACCGGAAACUGGUCUGCCAAGUGAGGCUACCAUAGCCAUUGAGCAUGUUACUUGAUAAUCAAGAAUAUGUGGGUGGAGUUAUCGUCUGUCAAUCAAACGAUCGUCAAUUCUCAUUAAAUCAAUAAAUGGCGGAGCAAGCUAACGUUUACCGUUAGUCGCUGAUGUCACUACCGGAAACUGGUAAUGAAAGGCCUGUCAAGCAAGGCUACCAUAGCCAUUGAGCACGUUACUUGAAAAUCGAGAAUAUGUGGGUGGAGUUAUCGUCUGUCAAUCAAACGAUCGUCAAUUCUCAUAGACGGUGCAGACACAAUUGAUGCCUAUUUCUAGUCCAAACUUCCAACAGUGACAAUUCCCUUCAGAACAAAGUAAUUUGACUGAAAUUUUCAAUGUUUUCUUUUUUUAUCAUCUAUUUUUGAUUUAUUAUAGCAAGAAUGGCUAUCUCUUUAUAAAACUCUUAACUAAUGUAUCUUUAAUCAACAAAUUAUUUGAUAUAAUUAGUCUUAAGUGAUUCAAGAUGAAUGUUUAUUAGUUCACAAAAUAACAUUAAAUCUGGACCAUUUCAUCCAUAUAUACUAUUCAAAAAAAGUAGGGGAUAUUUGAUUUUAGGGGCAUAAUACUAAAAUAUGCAAAUGACUACGAAAAAAGUCACUAUAGAACCUAACAGAAGAAACAUUUCCAGUUACAUGUGACGCCUAAACGCACCAAUAGCUACCGCAUGGAAUGCAGGUGAUGCUUGGGAUCAUCAUGGGGGUCCAACCCAAGAUUUGCACGACUCUGACUUUGAAUGUUACAGUCAUUGUGGCAUUGAAUUCCAGGGUGGAAACAUCAGUUUAAUUGUUUUAGUGACCAGAAAACAAAUUUUGAUAUGCGUCGGCUUACCCAAAAUGAAAGGUUACGUGCCCUUGGCAUGCUACAGAUCGGCACAACACAGGUGGUUGUGGCGCGGACGAUGAAUGUUUCUCAGUCUGUCAUAAGCAGGCUAUGGUCCAGAUACCGUGAUACACAAUCUGUACAGGACAGACCACGCUCAGGUCGACCAAGGGCGACAAUUCAAGCCCAGGAUCGAUUUAUCCGUACCUUGGCCUUGAGAAAUCGUGUCAUCACAGCAAAUCAGAUCAGCGCUCGUCUUCAAACAGACACUGGUGUGAGAGUGAGUGGCCAGACGAUUCGGAAUCGACUGCAUAGGGGUCACCUUCGCGCCCGACGUCCUCGCGUGAUCCAUGGCAGUCCAUGUUGUGCCGUUCGCACGACGUCAUGGCCGCCGUUUCAUCUUCCAGGAUGACAACGCAAGAUGUCACAGGGCCAGGAUCGUUACACGUUACCUCCAACAACAGAACAUCACCACAUUACCUUGGCCAGCACUGAGUCCCGACCUCUCCCCCAUCGAGCAUGUCUGGGACAUGCUUGGACAGAGGUUACGUCAACGUCAACAACGUCCUGCCAAUGUCCAAGAACUUGCUGCUGCGUUGCAACAGGAAUGGGACAAUCUGGACCAAAAUGACCUUAGACGUCUCAUUAGGAGUAUGCCACGUCGGAUCAAUGCUUGUUUGGCAAACAGAGGAGGAUUUACCCGUUACUGACUUGGUUGUGAUGCUGUGGUAACUUUGCUGUUUGACCCCGGGUAUCAUUUUACCCUUAUAAUGGUCAGUCUGUGCCUUACUUAGUCUAACGAUCAUUUGGAAUAAAUCGAUGAAUGUGAACUUCAUUUCAUUUUGUCAUUUGUUUCUUCGUCAGUUUCAUUAGGUGACUUUAAUAACACUUAAAAAUCAAAUAUCCCCUACUUUUUUUGAAUAGUAUAUAUUGCUCUUUUAUAUACUAUUUAACCACAGGGCGGUUAAUUCCUUUGGGCAUGGUUUUUGUUCUUAAUUUUAAAGGUGGUUUGUUUAAAAUGUGAAUAUGAAUUUAGGUAUUGAGGAUUUAUUUUGAUAUAUUGAAUCAGGGACUGUUGUUGGGUGGUUUGGUGAUGUAAAAGUGGAAUCUCAGCUUUAUUUUAUUAAUUAUUAAUAUUUUAAGGGGAGUAAGCCACAGUUGAUUUUAUUUGCCAUGUUAUAAUAUUAGAAAUAUAUCCUAAUCAUGAAUGAAUUGCAUUACAUAAAUCGUUAAUUAUUAUUGUUGGUUGUUCAGUGAAGUAAUGGAUAUGCCUAACAGUUUUUGAAAUGUAAAAGACAUGUUCCUAGUAAAGUUAGCAAAAUAGACUGUAAUUUUGUAAACAAGGCUAAUCCUGAAAUUAAAAAUAACUAUUUUCUCUCGAACCACAUAUCCACAUUUGGUGGUAAUGAUUUUAUUUCUUGUAAUUUUAUUAAUUCAGAUCAGCUUUUCAAUUUAGCCUACAGUGGGUCACAAUAAGUCAGUGUUCGUGAAAUCAUUAGUACACAAUUAUAAAUGUACAUGGUAAAACAGUUGUAACAAGCUUUAACUAAAUGUACAUGGUGAAACAGUUGUUACCAGUUUUGGCUAAAUGUACAUGGUGAAACAGUUGUAACCAGCUUUAACUAAAUGUACAUGGUGAAACAGUUGUUACGAGUUAUGGCUAAAUGUACAUGGUGAAACAGUUGUAACCAGCUUUAGCUAAAUGUACAUGAUGAAAUUAUUGUAACCAGCUUUUGGCUAAAUGUAAAUGAGAUACAUCUAUCAUGAAUUCAAAUUUCGUAUUGAAAGACCAUUAAAUUAGUAUGGAAAAUAUUCAUUUAUCUUAAAAGUUGGUAUAACAUUACCCAAUAAAAUUAAUUUUGAUAAAAAAUAUGGUUGAAAAUUUCCAAAACAAAGAAAGCAUGACUCAGUACAAACCUAAAACUGCAAAUGUUGUGUACUUCUGAAAUUAUUGUCAGUGGUUAGUUUUGGAGAAAUAAAGAUAACGUCAUUUCUUUUAUGACAAAUAUGCUGAAAACUCAAAAUCGAUAAAAAAAAAAAUGUCAUUAUCUCAUUUAGCUAAAGCUUGUAAGUUUGGACACCAUAAGGUGUCUAAAUGAAUGCCUAAAAAUAUGGUAAGUAAAUUGAUGUAUGAUUGAUAUUGUACAAGUUCGUAAAAGUUUUAUGGAAGAAAUUUAUUAAACGGAUAAGAAAAAAAACAUUCCACAAACAUAUCCCAUUUCAUUGCAAAAAAUAUUCUGCUGAAUGUUAUCAUCACCAUGCUUACUUAUUGUUAUUUUUGUAAAUUGUUUAAAAUAUCACUUUGUUAUAUUUGUUUUAAAUCAAUCAGUAUUGUUAAUUUUAAUAAUUAUGUUGAUAAGAAAAUGGGACCAAAUAUUUUUUUCUGUUUGAUUGGUUAAACUUCUUAAACACUCCUAUAACAUGUUCAAAUUUUAAUUUUGUGUACAAUCUAUUCUUUUUUCUGAACUCCCAGAAUAGAAUUGUUUUUGAGAUGUUUAAAAUAAUGGUAUGUUCUAAUACCUGUGGACCUAAACUAAAUGAUCUCAUUAUUUCAGGCCAAGAAACAAACAAGACAAUAAAAUAUAUCUAAUAUGUGAAUCUUGAAUGCAUAAUUUUGUAAAUUAUAUUUAUAGGAAAACUUAAAUCUUAGAUUCAUAUAGAUUAUUUUAUGGAUAAUACAGUACAUCUUUUAGAUGUGAGUUAUUUUAGACUUUAGGCUAUAUUGUUAAUAUUUUAUAUGAUAAUAAUCAUAAUAUAAUUAUAGUGCUUCUAGCCUUUUAUUGAUGAUUACCAUAAAUGCAUUUGUGUAUUCAAAGUUAAUGAAACAACAAUAUGACUAGUCCCUACAUGACAAAGAAAAAUGUUUUUUAAUGGUUGUUUUAGUGUUUUAUUAUAUAAAUGUGUUGAUGAAACAUGCUCAUUUUACAGUAAGAAUCUUAAUACUAUAGAUUAGAUAUAUUGUUAAAUAAAUGUUUUGGUUAAAUGGCUCAGUGGAGAGUUUCCCAAUAAUGUUGGUUUGUUAUUCUGUGAGUUUGUCCAGGGCAUAUCUCCCACAUUGCUGCUCAAUCUUGACCAGACUUGCAGGGUAUGUCAGACCGGUUAUCUAGUUGUGCACCUGGCAUUUUUGGUUGCUAUAUAUAUUAGAACCACUGUUGCCAAUUGGCCACCCAUAUAAGAAAAACUCUUCCUGGUGCAUAUCUUUCACAUAGUACUCCAGCUAUAGUCCUGACGAGAUCAGGGGUCAAAUUGUGCAUUUUUCGCGAAACCAGCAUGUCUUGCACAAAAUGCAUCUCCUGCUACAGGUUUUAUCCAAUGGCCAUCAAACUUUGACAUGGUUUUCUACUGAUCCCGCGUAAUAAUCUUCAAAUGGCAACCCAUCGAACUUAGGUAUAUUUGAGAAGUUUCAAUGGAUUCGAACCAAACUGCUCCGGAAUAUAUUAAAGGAUGAGUGCUAUAACAUUUGUCUGGAGGUCAAAUGUCGAAUUAUUGUGAUUUUCGUGGGAAAUAUGGAUUCCUCAAUUGCUAUAGGGUUUUGUGGCAGGCUAUCUCCGCUGCAGCUGUUUAACCAUUUCAUCCUGUAAACUCAUCAUAUAUAUUUAUUUGUAAAUGUACAAGUACAUAUAUAAUUUGAUAUGAAAUAAGUUGAUAUUGAAUUAGACAUGAUUAUACAUGUUUGAUACUAAUGCUGUUUAAAUUGUCACAUGAACACAGGACACAUGGAUAAAAUCCCAUGCCUGGACUGAAUUUAUUUUAACUAACUUAGUGAUAGUUUUCAUUACGUUUGGAUAUGAUGACUGUACGCUUUGUUAGCAUAUGUUAUAUUGACUGCAAUAUAUUUAGUCCAUCUACCAAUCCAUUACUUCUUUGUAGAUAAUUAUAGAUAUAUGUUUGAGAUUAUAUAGAUAAAAGAUUUCAUUUCUGUACAUUACGGUACAAAAAAGUAUUAUUGUAAAUAUACAAGAACUGAGCAUCUCUUAACAGAACAUUGUUGUUGUAGUGAAGGUGUUCUAUUAGGUCAAUAAAUACAUUGCAAAUGUGUAUAUUAUUAUUAUGAUAAAUAAUCUUGUGCAUGUGAAGACUUGCAAUGAAUAUGAAUAUCUGACUACGCCCUGUAUAAAUAUUUUGAAAAAAAAUGCUAAUUAUAUUUUAAAACUAAAUAAAUAUGUAUUAAAAAUCAA